AUGAGGUUUUCCACCGCCGCGGUGCUCGGGCUGCUCGUGCCCGGCCUGAGCGCCAUGUCUGUCAUCCCGAUUCAACUAGAGCUUCCCGUCGACUUCAAGCCCCCGCAGGUGUUCAAAAACACGAAUCUGGUUCGAAACACCAACUUGGAGAAGGGGUACGUGCGGGAAACCGUCAAUGUUGUCGUGGAAAAUGUCGACAAGCAACCGCAAACCGACUACUAUAUCCCCUUCCCAGCUGAGGUGUUUGAACGAGUUGGAGGUUUCGAGGCGAGGGAUAAAAAUGCAGUGGACAAGGGACGGCUCGCGGUGGACACUACGGAGGUAGAUUCGUUGAGUGGAAAACAGUACUACGUGGUUCAUUUUCCGGAACCGCUGGCCCCGAAAUCGCAGAUUACCCUGGGAAUCUCAUACUCCCUGCUGUCGUCCUUGAACCCGCGUCCGGCCACCAUUCAGCAGUCCGACAAGCAAUACCUCUCUUACUCCUUCUCGGCCUAUGUUCCAUCCGUCUACAAGACCGAAACCCAGAAGACUAAAAUCAAGUUCCCCGGCAUCAACGUGCCCGAAAUCGCACAAACCUCCGGUCUCAAGUCCGGCUCGGACCCCGAGCGUAAGGGCUCAACAUGGACGUACGGGCCUUACAACACGGCCAAGGUGGCUCCGGGCACCGAGUACCCGCUCACCGUUCGCUACGAAUUUACCAACCCCGUGAUCACGGCCAGCCUUCUGGAACGCGACCUGGAGGUCUCGCACUGGGGCGGCAACCUGGCGACCGAAGAGCGGUACUGGCUGCGCAACAACGGAUCGCAGCUCGCCAAGCAGUUCAACCGCGUUGAGUGGACUUUCUCCGCUUACCAGCAACUGCCCAGCUCGGCGCUGCGUGAGCUCGCAUACCCGCUGCGACCCGGCUCCGUCGACCCGUACUUCAUCGACGACAUCGGCAACGUCUCGACCAGCCGCUACCGCCCGGGCACCAGCAAGAAGCCCGCCAACCUGGAGCUGCGGCCGCGCUACCCGGUCUUCGGCGGCUGGAACUACAGCUUCCGCGUCGGCUGGAACAACAACCUUGCCUCGUUCCUGCGCGUUGCCCAGGCUCCCAACUCCUACGUUCUGAAGGUGCCUUUCCUCGAGGGGCCCAAGGUGCCCGAGGGCAUCCAGUAUGAGCGUGUGUUCGUGCGCGUUAUUCUCCCAGAAGGCGCGCACAAUGUCAACUUCCAGAUCGUCGAGGGCUCCACCACCAACGGACUCCCCGACCGCAAGCAAAUCUUCUACACCAUUACCGGUUUCAAGACGUACCUGGACACUCUGGGCCGGACCACGUUGAAUUUGGAUGUUGACAGUCUGACCGACGAAGCCCGCGACUCCGAGCUGGUAAUUACAUACGAAUACUCGACCUGGGAUGCCCUGCGCAAGCCCAUCACCAUCUUCGCGGGCGUGCUGUCUGCUUUCUUUGCUGCAUGGGCCAUCGGCAAGAUCGAUGUCAGCAUCAAGCAGCGGUAA